AUGAAACACGCUUCUCUUUUCCUGCACGCUGCCCUCGCAUCUGCGAUCACGCACCCAGGCCUUUUACACACUGAAGAAGACUUCACUCGCAUCCGCGGCUUCAUCAAGGCUGAAACAGAGCCACAGCUCACGGGAUGGGCAAAGCUCACGGCCCGCGCGGACGCAAGCUACACUCCCAGAGCAGUGGAGACUGUCUGCCGUGGCUCAGGCUGCGAUCCAGAGAAUUAUGCGAACCUCUUCAGGGACGCGGCGGCGGCGUAUGCCAAUGCUGUUUACUGGAAAGUAACCGGUAACAAGCGCAAUGGAGACGCGGCAGCAGCGAUCCUCGAUGCGUGGAGUAGCACGCUUACUGUCGUCACUGGGAGCUCAGAUAAAUACCUUGCGUCAGGGUUGUAUGGGUAUCAGUUGGCUAAUGCAGCCGAGAUACUGAGGGAUUAUGAUGGGUGGCAUGGACUGGACGCCAUGAUCGCGCUGUUGGAGGAGGUAUUCUUGCCGAUGAAUGUGAAAUUCCUCGUUAAUCAUAACGGCGCUGUUAUUGACCAUUACUGGGCCAAUUGGGAUCUCUGCAACCUAGCCAGUCUGCAUGCUAUCGGCGUACUAAGCGACAACCAGACCGCCAUAGAUCAGGCAAUCACAUACUUCAAAGAGGGUGAAGGCAAUGGGGCCCUGACUAACGCCAUCUGGACCAUCCACGAGGAGGAAGGUAGCGGCAAGCCACUAGGUCAGGGUCAAGAAGCAGGUCGCGACCAAGGCCACGCUCUGCUCGAUUUCGGGCUUCUCGGUGUCCUGGCUCAGCAAGCAUACAACCAGGGUGAAGACCUUUAUGCGUUAGAUGAUAACCGGAUCCUUGCGGGUGCCGAGUAUGCGUUCAAGUACAACACUGGCCAUGAGGUCCCCUUCACGGAGUUUACAAAUUCACAUGGCACGGCAACAGAGAUCAGUGAGGCUCAGAGAGGGGGCCUGCGGCCUAUCGCGGAGCUCUUGUAUGCGCACUAUAACGGAGUGAAGGGCUUGAAUGCCUCGUGGACCGGAGCAUACCGGGAUUUGGUUGUGGAUGAUGGGGAUGGAGCUGAGGGUGGUGGUGGUGAUUAUGGUCCUAACAGUGGCGGGUAUGAUCAGCUCGGCUUUGGAACUGCGCUGUUUCGACUGGAGGAGUGA